GCACCCGGUUGAAAACAAAAUCCCACGUGACUGGCUCAGCUCUCAGGCCAUCAUGGCGUCUCCCAGUGGCAAGGGAGCCCGGGCGCCGGAGCCUCCUGGCUGCGGGCCCCGGCCGCUCGCCCGGGACCUGGUGGAUUCCGUGGACGACGCGGAGGGGCUGUACGUGGCUGUAGAGCGCUGUCCGCUGUGCAAUACUACCCGCCGCCGGCUGACCUGCGCCAAAUGCGUUCAGAGCGGCGAUUUCGUCUACUUCGACGGCCGCGACCGGGAGAGGUUUAUUGACAAGAAAGAAAGGUUAAGCCGACUUAAGAGCAAGCAAGAAGAAUUUCAAAAAGAAGUGUUAAAAGCUAUGGAAGGAAAAUGGAUAACAGAUCAGUUGAGGUGGAAAAUAAUGUCCUGCAAGAUGAGGAUUGAACAGUUGAAACAAACAAUAUGUAAAGGAAAUGAAGAAAUGAAGAAAAAUUCUGAAGGUCUUCUCAAAACCAAGGAGAAGAAUCAGAAGCUUUACAGUCGAGCACAGCGGCACCAGGAGAAAAAGGAGAAGAUUCAGAGGCAUAAUCGCAGACUUGGUGACCUGGUAGAGAAAAAGACCGUUGACUUACGAAGUCAUUAUGAGCGUCUGGCAAAUCUUCGACGAUCCCAUAUAUUAGAGCUCACUUCCGUCAUUUUCCCAAUCGAGGAAGUAAAGACUAGUGUGAGAGAUCCCGCAGAUGUGUCUUCAGAGAGUGACAGUGCCAUGACCUCCAGCACUGUGAGCAAGCUUGCUGAAGCUCGGAGGACAACUUACCUCUCAGGACGAUGGGUCUGCGAUGAUCACAAUGGAGACACCAGCAUUAGCAUUACAGGGCCUUGGAUUAGCCUCCCGAACAACGGGGACUACUCUGCCUACUACAGCUGGGUGGAGGAGAAGAAAACAACCCAGGGGCCUGACAUGGAGCAGAGUAACCCUGCCUACACCAUCAGUGCUGCGCUAUGCUAUGCAACUCAGCUGGUCAACAUUCUGUCUCAUAUACUUGAUGUAAAUCUUCCCAAAAAGCUGUGCAACAGUGAAUUUUGUGGCGAAAAUCUAAGCAAGCAGAAAUUUACCCGAGCAGUGAAGAAACUGAAUGCAAAUAUUCUUUAUCUUUGUUUUUCUCAGCAUGUAAAUUUAGAUCAAUUACAACCACUGCAUACCCUCAGGAAUCUAAUGUACCUGGUCAGUCCGAGCUCUGAACACCUAGGCAGGUCAGGGCCCUUUGAAGUGCGAGCAGACCUUGAGGAGUCCAUGGAAUUUGUGGAUCCCGGAGUUGCUGGAGAAUCAGAUGAGAGUGGAGACGAGCACGUAAGCGAUGAAGAAACCGACCUGGGCACAGACUGGGAGAACCUGCCUAGUCCCCGGUUUUGUGAUAUCCCUUCCCAGCCUGUGGAAGUCUCCCAGAGUCAGAGCACCCAGGCGUCCCCACCCAUCUCGAGCAGCAGUGCAGGUGGGAUGAUCUCCUCUGCAGCAGCCUCAGUGACCUCCUGGUUUAAAGCUUACACUGGACACCGUUAACGAGCAUGGACUAAAACAUGCCAAAUCUGCAUCAAGAAAGUUCUUCUCCCACUACAUUCUAGUCAACAUUAUCUGUUUAGUUAAGAUAGUGCCUGGAACAUAGAGGUUAAAGUGGUGUUUUGGUUUUUUUUUUAAGCAGGGAGACAAACACUUCUAUUUUUCAAGUGGCCUGUGAUGGUGACCAAUGUGUUUGAUAAUUAAUAGAGCAGAAGAGUCGAAGGUCUUUCUACCCAGACUGGUGUUGGUGGAAGGAGGACCUGUGCUUGUGGCCAGUUCUGCCAAGGAAGCAGUUAAUUUGGGUUCCCUCUGGGCCCAGGCCACAGGGUCCGCAGACAUGCAUCAGUGUGCUGGUCAUUGCGGUGCUGAGUCUGUUGCUGCCAUGUUAAGUUUUAGAGGUUGGUUGAAUCACAAGAGGUGAUUCUUGAUGAUUAGGACAUGAACGGGAAAAGCUCUUUAAUAGGAGUUUUUCUGCCAUUGUUUUUUGUACGGAGAACCAGCAGGCAAUUUGGAAUCAUUUAUUAUUGGUCCUUUGGUUUUGUUUGGGAGAGGGGGUUUCAAUAUGUUUCAUUCAUGCUGCUCUGUCGUAGUUUGUCAGACAUUCCUGUUUUUCUUUUCCUCCCACACACCAAA